UCAACAAGUACCACUGAAACCACUGAACCCACCUCAACAAGUAUCACCGAACCCACUGAACCCACCUCAACAAGCACCACAAAAACCAGUGAAACCACUUCAACAAGUACCACAGAAACCAGUGAAAGUACCUCAAAAAGCACCACCAAAACUAGUAAACCCACUUCAACAAGUACCACAGAAACCAGUGCAACCACCUCAACAAGUACCACAAAAACCAGUGAAACCACCUCAACAAGUACCACUGAAACCACUGAACCCAUCUCAACAAGUAUCACCGAAACCACUGAACCCACCUCAACAAGCACCACAAAAACCAGUGAACCCACUUCAACAAGUACCACAGAAACCAGUGGAAGUACCUCAACAAGCACCACCAAAACCACCACCUCAACAAGUACCACCAAAACCACCAGUGAACCCACUUCAACAAGCACCACAGAAACCAUUGCAACUACCACAACAAGUACCACAAAAACCAGUGAAACCACUUCAGCAGGUACCACAGAAACCACUGAACCCACCUUGACAAGCACCACAAAAAACUCUGAACCCACUUCAACAAGUACCACAGAAACCAGUGGAAGUACCACAAGCACCACCAAAACCACCAGUGAACCUACUUCAACAAGUACUACAGAAACCAGUACAACCACCUCAACAUGCACCACAAAAACCAGUACCACUGAAACCACUGAACCCACCUCAACAAGUACCACCAAAACCACUGAACCCACCUCAACAAGCACCACAAAAAGCAGUGAACCUACCUCAACAAUUACCACAGAAACCAGUGGAAGUACCUCAACAAGCACCACCAAAACCAGUGAACCCACUUCAACAAGUACCACAGAAACCAGUACAACCACCUCAACAUGCACCACAAAAACCAGUGAAACCACUUCAACAGGCACCACAGACACCAGUGCAACCACUGCAACAAGCACCACAAAAACCACCACCUCAACAAGUACCACAAAAACCAGUGAAACCACUUCAACAGGUACCACAGAAACCACUGAGCCCACCUCAACAUAAACCACAAGAAAAACAGAUCCCACUUCAACAAGUACCACAGAAACCAGUGGAAGCACUACAACAAGCACCACAGAAACCAGUGAAACCACCUCAACAGAAACCAGUGCAACCACCUCAACAUCCACCACAGAAACCAGUGAACCCAGUUCAACAAUUACCACAGAAACCAGUGCAACCACCUCAACAAGUACCACAAAAACCAGUGAAACCACCUCAACAAGUACCACUGAAACCACUGAACCCACCUCAACAAGUAUCACCGAAACCACUGAACCCACCUCAACAAGCACCACAAAAACCAGUGAACCCACUUCAACAAGUACCACAGAAACCAGUGGAAGUACCUCAACAAGCACCACCAAAACCAGUGAACCCAUUUCAACAAGUACCACAGUAACCAGUGAAACCACCUCAACAUCCACCACGAAAACCAGUGAAACCACUUCAAUAAGCACCACAGAAACCAGUGCAACCACCACAAGUACCACAGAAACCAGUGCAAGUACCACAACAAGCACCAUAGAAACAAGUGAAGCCACCUCAUCAGAAACCAGUGAAGCCACCUCAACAAGUACCACAUUAACCAGUAAACCCACCUCAAGAAGCUCAACAAAAACAAGUGAAACCACCCAGCAAGUACCACGAAAAUCAGUGAACCCACUUCAACCAGUACCACAGACACCAGUAAAAGUCCCUCAACAAGCACCAUGCAAACCAGCGAAACCACCACGUUCAGUACUACAGAAACCAGUGAAGUCACCUCAACAAGUUCCACCAAAACCAGUGAACCCACUUCAAGAGGCACCACAGAAACCAUUGCAACUACCACAACAAGUACCACAAAAACCAGUGAAACCACUUCAGCAGAAACCAGUGAAGCCACCUCAGCAGGUACCACCAAAACCACCAGUGAACCCACUUCAACAAGUUCCACAGGAACCAGUGCAAGUACCUCAACAAGCACCACAGAAACCAGUGAAACCACCACAUUUGUCACAACAGAAACCAGUGAAGCCACCUCAACAAGUACCACAUUAA